AUGGCGACGUGUGCGGUGAUGCGCCGGCUCGUCCUCGCCGCGGCGCCGCGCGGCGGGUCGCGGGGCGGUGGCCGGGACGGCACAUCGGGGAGGACGCCGGGGCGCGGCGGAAGCGGCGGCGGCGGUGGUCGUUCCUCCAGAACGGGCGGACGGGGUGGACGCGGCUCCGGGCGCGGCGUCGCGCGGCCCGACCGGCCGGGACCACCGUCUCGCCGCGAGGGCGCCGUUGGCUACGGCCGCGGGCCGUCCGGCGGCGCGAGGGGACGCGGCGACGCGAGUCGUCAUCGGGGCGCGACGCCGUCCAUUCGGGGCGCCAACAAUCCCAGGCCCAACGCCGUCGACGAGCGGGGCGCGUGCGACACGAUGGCGAACGCGUCGAUGUCCCUCGAGCUCGGCCACCCGCGGUGCCCCAUGUGCGCGCAGGAGUUCGCGUCCGGGGGCACGAGGGCCAGGCACCUCGCGCUGUGCUGCCCGGAUCUCAUCGACCCGGUGGGAUGGGCGUCGGGUGACGGCGAAGUCGUCCGCCGGUGCGCGGCGCUGCGGCACCCGAAGGCGUCGUUCCGGUGGGCCGUGCUCUCCAGACGCUUCGGCUGGAGCGACAACGACGGGGACGGGGACGGGGACGGGGACGAAAAGUCGGCACCCGGGAUGACCGCCGUCGCCGUCGCCAAAUCCCUUCGCGUCGAUCUGGCCACGGUGACCAAACUCGUCCGACACGAGAUCCGCGACGUCCCACUCCAACCCGAUCCGUCCCCGCUCCACGUGGUGUACGAGGACGAGUGGCUGAUGGCGGUGUCCAAACCGGCGGGGGUGAUGACGUACCCGGCGCACAGGCUCCGGGGCGAAUCCGUGGUGUCGCGAGCGGUGCACCACCUCUCCGUCUCCGCCGCGAGGCGUCGAGGGCGUCUCCCCUAUAGUUCGGAAGACCUUCCAGAAGAAUCGGGAGUCGGCACCCCCGUCGGCACCCCCGGGGGCUCGUUCGCGGGUGCGUGGACGUCGUCGCAGGUGGAGCCCAUCGCGGUGCACCGGCUGGACCUGGAGACGUCCGGGGUUUUACUCCUGGCGAAGGACAAGCGCGUGGCGUCCGAGUUGCAGGCGAAGUUUGAGGCUAGGGGGGUGCGAAAGACGUACCUGGCGGUGUGCGCGGUGCUGGAGGACGCGGAGGCGCACAAGGCGACGGCGACGCGCCGCGUGGACUUCGAAGCCGACGUGGACACCGACGUGGACUCUGAUGCUGACAUGGAUGCUGACGUGUAUGCUGAUACGGACGGCGACGAGCUCGGCGUGUUCGACGAGUCGGACCUCGACGACGACGACGACGAUGACGCGUACGAGGACCCGGACGACGAGCUGGACGAGCUGGACGAGCCCGGCGUCGUGCGCGUGGUCAACGCGGCGAUCGGCGACCCCGAGCCCGGCACCCGAAGAUCCGCCGCCGCCGACGACGGCGGCCGGUGCGUACGAGCCGUCACGCCCGACGGCAAACCCGCGCGGACCGAGUACCAGUGCCUGAGCUCGCGGCUCGGGGUGCCCACGCAGGUGACGAUGCCCGACGGGGUGACGAGAAGGACGGUGGUGGGGACGGCGCUGGUGCUGGCCAGGCCGUUGACGGGGCGGACGCACCAGGUGAGAUUGCACCUGGCGCACGCGGGUUUUCCAAUCGUGGGCGACGGCUUGUACGGCGUCGAUUACGCGUCGGUGGCGGCGUCCAUCGGCGCGUUUCGUCUGUCUGGAGGGGGAAUAACCAGGGAGGAGCGCGAGGCGGCCGCACGUCGAAGGCUCCUCUUCGCGUCCUCGUCCCCAUCCUCAAGUUCAGCCGUCUCGCCGAGGGACGAUGCGUCAGCGGGUGGUGAGUCACCGGGCAGUGAGUCACCGGACGACGUACCUUCCCCGUGCGCGCGGCUCGCGCUGCACGCCUGGAACGUCGACGUGCUCCACCCGAGGGCGCUCGUCCCGCUGCGGCUGUGCGUGGACAUGCCGAGGGACAUGACCGAUUUAGCUCGCGCGCUUGGGUUGGCUACGAGCUCGGUGACGCUGGGGCCGGCGGCGUCGGCGGCGGCGCGGGCGGCGGGCGGGGCGCCGGCGAGGCACGCGCUGCGGAGGGAGCGGCGGAGGGAGGCGGCGAAGGGGCGGGUGCGGCGGAUGGUGGCCAGGAAGGCGGGGCGCGACGCGGAUGAGCGAGCGGGGGAGUAG